ACAGGACAAGUGUGGUGUGUGGGUUCUGCACUUAUAGUAUGAUUGUUCCAAUGUAUUAUAAACAAUAAAUCAAAGAUCAAGAAGAUUGAACAGACCCUUGAUCCUUCAACAGGCUUCCACUCAUGCUCAUAAAUGGAUUUUCUACCUAGUUAGAUCCAUGUACCUGAUAUACAGCGAAUGGAAUAUGGAGAUUAUAGUUGGAUUAAAGCACAGAGCAAAUAUGACUUCCAGAUAAAGUGGAGCAGGAAGCUGUUUCAAGUAGAAUAAGCAGACUUCUUGUGCUACUCAUAGGCUGAACUAAUUGUAUACUUUGCCUGGCUUUGUGAGGUGAUAUAGUGUGACUUGUUCCUGGACUGAGGGGGCCCUGCUCAGAAUUCAUGCCUUAGUCACCUCCUAAAUGGAUUUACUACAAUGUGCUUUACAUGGAGCUGUCGUUGAAGAGUAUUUUGAGGCUACAGCAGGUGCAAACUGUGGUGGUAUGGGAGGUUAGAGUGCUGGUCAUUUGGUAUAUAUGAUACCUCUGUUCCAUGAACAGCAAUGGCUGCUGGUAUGCUUCUGGGUACAAUUCAAGACACUGGUGGUUUUCUUUAAAGCCCUUCAUAGUUUGGAGCUGGGUUUCUUAUGGGACUGUCUCUCCCCACUGCUGUUUACCCAUCCUGUUAGAUCUGGCAGGAGAAACAUGUUCUGUCUGUCUGCUGGAGUGCCGUCUCUUGGGUUCGAGGGAGAGAACCUUUUCUGCCAUAGUGCCACCUUCUGGCACAUCAUCCCCUCAGAAAUUAGGUUUGCCCUGAUCCUGCUGGCCUUUUGUAGGGCUCUAAAAAAACUGGCUUUGCCACUGAACCUGGGGCCCUGAUAGAAUGGAGUGGAUUUAGGAAUAUGAAGUUACACCUAUCCUUUCUGUUGAUGCUGCUUUCCAUGAACAUAGUCUGGGGUGAUGAACACUUUUAUCCUGAACGACAUCAGAAACAAUCGAGUGCACCAAUCAAAGGACUACCUUUUCUGCCUUUCAGCGUAAAAAGUCCUGUUUCACAGGCAAGGGGAGAACCAGGCCCUCAAGGCCCAGCAGGCCAUCCUGGCCCUAGAGGCUUCCCAGGACCUCCAGGAGAGCCAGGAAAACCAAGCUAUGGAAGCCAAGGGCCUCCAGGACCUGCAGGACCCCCAGGACUUUCAGCGGUGGGAAAGCCAGGCACCCCAGGCUUGCCAGGAAGACCAGGAGACAAAGGAUUCCCUGGUGAAAAAGGAAGCAUGGGGUCUGCUGGUCUUCCAGGGCUAAGAGGUCCCCCGGGAGCCCCUGGUCCUGCAGGAAUUUCUAUGGCGGGGAAGCAAGGACUUCCAGGACCCCAAGGACUAAGAGGCAUCCCUGGGGAAAAAGGUGUCCCGGGUGCUCCUGGUAUCAAAGGGCAAAAGGGAGAAAGCGGGUAUGGGGUUCCAGGUCGUCCAGGGGAUAAAGGCCUGCCAGGGCCACAGGGGCCUCCAGGACAAGCAGGGAUAGGAAGGCCUGGGGAAAGGGGGUUUCCAGGGCAACCAGGUGUUAAAGGGGACAAGGGUUUACCAGGCUUACCAGGACCAGUUGGACUUCCAGGUCCCCAGGGCUCUCCCGGGAGACCUGGGAUGCCUGGAAAAGGACUCCCUGGCUCCAGUGGAUCACCUGGCCUCCCAGGAUCCCCUGGGGCAAAAGGACAUCCAGGUCCUCCAGGCUCAACUGGGCCCUCUGGUCUCCCAGGAUUUGGAAAACCUGGACUGCCAGGGAUGAAGGGAAAUAGGGGGCCUGAAGGAUUCCCUGGUAGUCCAGGACUCAAGGGAGAACAAGGCCCAGCUGGUAUCCCUGGAAGGCCUGGACCAGUCGGGCCACCUGGAGAAACAGGUCCUCGAGGGCUGAGAGGUGGCACUGGUGCAAGUGGCAGACCUGGGCUCAAAGGGGAAAGAGGUCCAACUGGUCCAUCAGGAUUACCGGGGAUUAAGGGAGAUAGAGGCCUGCCAGGAUUGGAAGGCAGAUCAGGGAAGCCAGGAUUUUCUGGAUCCAAAGGCUUUCCAGGUGUGGCAGGACCCAAAGGAGAUCCAGGCCCCGCUGGGCCAUCUGGUUUACCUGGACCAAUGGGCUCACCAGGACCUAAAGGUGCAGCAGGAAUCAGUGGUGGGCCAGGUCCUAGAGGAUCACCUGGAAUACCUGGUAUAAGGGGACCAGUUGGCCCUUCAGGUAUUCCAGGACUCCGUGGCAGCAAAGGGGAUCCAGGUGCACCGGGAUUACCAGGUCCAGCUGGAAUUUCAUCAAAAGGUACAGAUGGACCUAUGGGACCAGCUGGACCUCCAGGUUCCAAAGGCCACCCUGGAGAGCCUGGCUUGCCAGGCCCUCCUGGCCCCCCUGGUCCUUCAGGGCAAGCCCUGGCAGGAGUGCCAGUUAUAAAAUCUGGUGCCACUCAAGGUCUCACUGGCCAGCCGGUGUCCGCUUUCACUGCCAUUCUCUCCAAAGCCUACCCUGCAUCUGCUACUCCUAUCCGAUUUGAUAUAAUUUUGUACAACAAGCAACAACACUAUGACCCCAGAUCAGGCAUCUUCACCUGCAGGAUACCAGGGCUUUACUACUUUGCUUAUCAUGUUCAUGUCAAAGGCACGCAUGUUUGGGUGGGCCUGUACAAGAAUGGCUCACCCAUCAUGUACACAUUUGAUGAGUACAAGAAAGGGUACCUUGAUCAGGCUUCUGGUAGUGCAGUGGUUGAUCUCAUGGAAAAUGAUCAAGUCUGGUUACAGCUGCCCAACAAUGACACAAAUGGCCUUUAUUCUUCAGAAUAUGUCCAUUCCUCUUUCUCAGGUUUCUUAUUUGCACAAAUGUAAUAUUCAGCACAACAGAAACACGCAUCCAGGUAUAUGUGUAUGUAGUUCUACAUAUACAAUGGAAUUAACAAAAUUAACAUUACAUUUCUAAAGUUCAUAAUUUAAAAAAAAAUAAAAAAAAUUAUUCACAAGGUACAAUCAUUCUAUAUGGCAACACUGAGAAAUGCAUUUUACUUGCCCACAUACUGAAAAGCUAAUUAAGAUGAUUUCUACCAAGAUUAUCCCCCCCCCCCAAAAGGCACCACUAUCAAAAUCUCCUUUCACAGAUGUGUUGGGCUGUAAUACCACCAAUACAAACAAAUGUGCAAUACGUAGCUUUAAAAAACUGAUCAGAAAAGGCAAGAAAUGCAAUAUAUUCUGUUAAUUCUAUAACUAAACAUUUUCAAUGAAAUAUUUGCAUCACAAAAUGAAUCCAGGUGAGCAUCUGAAGUGUCCAAAUGUGCAAGUACUAGUAAUAGGUGAUCACAUUCACUGUAGAUAUUUAAUACUAAAUUGACAGUAUUAUAAUCCUCAGAAAAUAUUUCAAAUGAGUACUCUUCACAGAAUGUCUGUUUACAUACAACUUUCAGAGAAUGAUAGAACUACGAAAGCUAGGAAAACAUUUUAAGCUGCUUUAACCUUAUGGAGUGUGUACAAUUAAUAACUAAUUGUACCACUGUGCAGUCAGUCUACAUUUUAUUAAUAUUACAUCCCACAGCAACAUUUUGAUUCCAAACCAUUUGCACAAAGUCAAUAUAAAUGGCCUGUACUGUGUUCUUUUAAAACCAGCAUUCUACAGUUUGUUCUAAAAAUGUCUAGUUCUAUCUGUCCAUUUUGAUUAAAAAAAUUAUAAAUAAAAAGUGAAACAUUU